AUGGAAAAGAAAAAGAAGCUAAAAACAUCAGGUCAGUUUUCCAUCUUGGCUGACGACCCUCAUCCACGGGACCUCAAUAAACUUCAUGUACCAAAACCACCCAAGGGCCAUCAGAAACCAGGUCUCAUGGCAUGUGUGGAUAAAACCCAUCCAGUGAGUCUGGAUCCUGACUCCCAGCCUCUGGCCUACACAGAACCAGAAGUGCUUCGUUUUGAUGACCAAGGGAUGGUUCUUCCACACAGCAUCCUGGGUAGUUUAGAGGAUUUCAGAAGUUAUCUGGAGGCUGAGGGGGAGACAGAGUUGGUGAAGCGAAUACCGACGUCCCAGAGAGAUCCUCCACCUGAGACCCCAGGAAGGCCUCACUUUAAGGCUGUGGAGAGUGGGUGUGGGAUCUCUUCAGGCCACAGAGACAUCCAGAGUAAUGCCCUGCAGCACUGGCAUACACAUAUGAGGCAGCGUAGACGGCAGCAGGACUUCUUAUCUGAUUUGCUCCACAGGCCAGUCGAGACUUUACUGAUGAACCAAUCUUACCGCUUCAGAGAAACUCAGGAGCGGAAGGAAUUUCUAAACCAAGUCAUGCCACUCAUCCACUCUGGAUAUGGUUAUCAUGUGGGCAGUGAGUUUUGGAGUCUCCCCCAUCGUUAUGGAGAUGAAAUGAGUGGCAUCACAGCCACUCUGACUCAGACAGAGCAGGGCAGACGGGACCCUGUCACACACGUAGGACAACCGAGCAGCAUCCGCCAGGAAUCAGGAAUAAUUUGUGCUGAGACUCCACCUCCAGCCUCUUGGAAUCGGGACCAGAGUGCUUACCUACAGCACCAGUGCCAGGAGCUCGGGGUGGUUCUACGGGACAUGGACAUCAAAAAGCCGGACAUCGAUGGACUGGAGGUGAUAGGCUCUGGCAAGCCAUUCACUUCUGUCACAGUGUGCCGUAGUCCCCUUCUGGAGAAGGAAGAAGAGGAGAAGGAGCACAAGGAGGAGGAGAAGGAGGACCUUGAUCCAGUGGCACAAUAUGAUGGCGCUCGGUCGGGUGUUCUGCUCAUUCCUGCCUUGAGGUUCUGUGGUCAGCUUGCUAGCUGGACUGGAAACUCUGCCACUAACCAGGAUGAAGUAGGAUUAAGUGCCACAAUAAUCUUUGAGGUCCUGACUGGUGAAAGAGCCUCGUCACACCUGGAGCUGCACAAUGAGGGCAGCACAGCCAUCUUCUACAGCUGGCAGCAGCUUCCCGUGGCACGCAGCUUUCCUAACCUACGAUCACAAACAAAGUGCCCACACUUCUACUUCAAUUCCUCCUCUGGUGUGAUCCUCCCGGGUGACACCCAGAGGGUGGAGUUUAUAUUUAAGUCAGAGAAGCCUGGGGUCCAAACUGAACUAUGGCAGCUCAACACUCAUCCUGUGCUGCUGCAAGGAGCCUCCAUUCAAGUCAGGUUGAGGGGAGUAGCCCUGUACCAGGACAAAACGGCAGACCAGAGGUCUUUCAUAGAGACAAAGCUGGAAAAGAUAGUGAUGGUAAAAAUGUGUCGCUCGAUUGUGCAUGAGGUGCUGCGUGGGGUUCACAGCCCAGAGAGACCCAGCUCUCCUGCAGAGCUCUACAUCACUGAAGAGCAAAGGUUUCUAAACAAAAACCCCAAGUUGCAGUACCUUAAUCAGCCAGUUGAGGACCUAAAGAGACUGUGGCAAGAAAUGAAUCAAGGACACACCUGGGACUUCUCUGUUGAUACUCUCCGACAGGUUGUGCUGUCUCUGCCUGAUGGAGAGUCAGCUCAGGACACCACCACCAGAGAAAAGAGCCUGGCCCAGCUCAACUCUCUGCUUCUGCAGCUGUCUGAACCUUCUGAACUGAAACACCGACGUCUAACAGCAGCAGCUAUAGGACAGCAGCUGUGGAAAAACCUUCUGGACACGAUGGCUGGUGAGGCCAUGCGGCUCAGAAACCUGCUGGGCCUCCCGGAGAGAGAAACGUGGAUCGAUAAAAAGGAUGAAUCCGUAAUCUCUGAUGCUGAUUUGGCUGAUAAUAUAAACAAAGAUGAGAAGAGUGAGAAAAAGGGAGGAACCGCUGCUAAAGAGGAGAGGAGUGGAGCAAGAUCCAGAUUUAAAGAUGACAUCAAAGGAGAGUCCAGGUCACCGACAACUGAGAAACCAGCUGAGGAGAGCAAAAAGAAGGGGAAAAGAAGAGAUGAAGUGGGGAAGCGCAGCAAGCAAGGGAAAGAGUCCGCCACGCUGUCUGAUACCCGUCCUGAGAGCAUCAGUCAGGAACCUCCUGAUGACCAAAAUGUAAAAGCAGAGGUGACAGACAUUUACACAAGGCUCCUGCACAGAAAGGUUUACGCUCUGGUGGAAGACCUGGUGGAAACCCUGUGUGAGCUGAUGGAUGAGGGAGAUGAGGACAACGCACACAUUAUAAACACAAUAGAGACACAGUAG